UUGUAGUGAGGAAAAAUUUCUUAAAUAAAGUUUAAAUUUUGAGUUUUUUUUUUACCAAAAACAAAAAAAUGAUUCGAAUUCUCUAUGUGGUACAAUUUGCGCUCUGCGUAUUCGGUGCGGAUAUCACCGAGGAGAACGAUAGAGAUUUAACCAAUUUUAUAAGAAUCCCCUUGGAACGAAUCGACGCAAUGAGCUUAGACCGAAAACGACGAUCAUUGUUGAAUGAUCCAUUUUUUUCGUCUAUGAAUUGGGGAUUCGACGAUGACCUUUUUCAAAACCAUGAUAACGAUUUUCUCGAUCCAUCGAAAAUGUUGAAGAAAAUAUUGAAAAAUGCCGAUGUCUCACUCGUUCCGUUCAUGCAACCAUUUAAAAUCCAACCUUUCAAUCAUCAUCAAAAUAAUGAUGAGUCAAAUGAAAUAGAUAUUGAAGAUAAUAACGAUGCCGAAUUCAAUAGUAGAAAUGCAAUUUUAUUGAAGAAUUACAACGAUGCGUCGUAUGCAGGAAGAAUCACCAUUGGCACUCCAGAGCAGGAAUUUACAGUCAUUUUUGAUACAGGUUCAUCAGAUAUAUGGGUGCCAUCUUCAAAGUGUAGCCAUCACAAUGUCGCAUGUCAAAAACACAAUCGAUACGAUUCAUCCAAGUCGAGAGAUUAUACGAGAGGCAAUUCCAAAUUUAAUAUUACGUAUGGAACGGGCGCAGUAAGCGGUUUCACUUCAUACGAUACGGUUAAGAUGGCAAACCUAAAAAUCCGGAAGCAAGUGUUUGGUGAAGUGACGCGAGAAACUGGCUCCACAUUUGUAAAUGCUAAAUUUGAUGGUAUUUUUGGCAUGGGAUUUCCGUCCAUAUCGGUGUCUGAUAAAAUCUCACCGAUGGAACGAUUAAAAAACCAAACCGUGAUCCAACACAAAGUAUUCUGCUUUAUUUUGCACCAUAAAAAUGAAGUGUUGUCGAAAAGUGGAAUGGAAAUUGGUGGCGAAUUACAAAUUGGUGGCUGUGAACACAAGCCAGCCGUGUAUAUUCCACUGACAAAACUUGGCUAUUGGCAAUUCUUAAUGUCAUCCGUAAUUGUUACAAAACCGGGUAGUUCACCGUUCACGGCAUGCUCUAAUGGUUGUCAAGCAAUUAUGGAUACGGGCACUUCAUUGAUCACCGGGCCAGCAUAUGACGUGAAUAUAAUCAACAAAAUUCUGGGCGCAUAUAAAAAUGAGGAAACCGGUGAAUAUCAUAUUGACUGUUCGAAGAGAACCAACACUAAAUCGCCAACAAUAGCAUUUUUAAUACACGGCCUACGAUUUGAAUUGACGGCAAAAGACUAUAUUCUCCAAAUCAACAAAAACUUGUGCUUGUCUGGUUUUAUGUCACUUUCCACCUCUCAUGGCACGAGUGAAUGGAUCAUCGGUGAUACUUUUAUACGAAAGAUGGUCGUCAUUUUUGACAUGGACAAACAGCGAAUAGGACUUGCACGAAAACCAUCGAAUGGAUACUAAAAACAUACUGCAUAAAAGGAAUCCACAUCGCACAUUGUUGAGAACAUUGAAUAAAAUCGAUGAUUAGA